AUGGUUGCCCUUAGGCAUUGCAUGAUUAUGACCAAACAGAAUUUGCACAUGAACAAUAGAGAUGAACAUAAUAAUUAUGAAUUAUAUGUUUAGGUGGAAGCCUUAAAGAAAGCUGCAUCAAGCAAUCCUGUUGGGAGAUGGUGGAUAAAGGCAGAUGCAUGUGAUGUCCGCAAAGGUUUGAGAGAAAGUGUUUGUGGAAUGUGGGCAGGAGAUGAAGACCUUGGAGAUGGUUAUCUGCAGGACUUGUAUAACAAAUACAAGGAUGAUUGCUCUUGUGUGAAGAAGAUAACUCCAAAAUCAACAUCACAAUUGAGUGUUGAGAAAUUUCAAGAACUACAGCAAAUGCUUAAAAGUUAUUUGGAAUUCCUUACAACUGGAGAAUCUCGAGCGAGAGUUGCCUAUGAAAAAGUAUUGAAAGCAUCACGACCAUCUGACAAUGUAAUGAUCGAACUUUCAUGGGAGCUUAUCGGUUAUGAAGAGCUUUUAAAGCAGAAUAAUGAGCUAAUUCAAGAAAUAACAUGCAUUGUCAACAGAUUUGAAUGUGGCCAGCAACAAGUAGUUAAAUCAUGUAUUGUCAAAUUGGAACCAAAGUUGUUUAAUUAUGUCAAGCAGGUCUAUAUGAAGAAACGCAAUGCUGCUACCCACCUUAUGAUAUUUAUGAUAUCUGAUGAGUUAAGAAAUACCAAACCCUAUGCAGUGCCUGUGAGAUUUCUGCCAUACCACUCAAUUACUGAUGCCAAACUACGUGAACUUCAGUCACAGAUUGAGGAUGCAAUGGUAGCUGUAAACAUGGUAACUGUCGGUAAACAUAUGAAAACAUAUUUUGCAUUGUUCUAUUAGUUCUAGGUGCAAACUCCUACUGUAACUAACCCAUCAAGUUGCAUUGUGCGGACAAUUUUACUCUUCAAGGGGAGCGAGAGAGCGCUGGCACUGUUUGAGUUAAUAAUCCAAUUUUGUCUGAAUGUUUAGUCUAAUGAAAUAGCCCAUUGCAUUCGUAAAUGAUGGUGUUAUUUUAUGUUAUUCUUAUGUUAUUAAAAAUAUAUAUUCUAGGUUUUACCACUGAUGGCGAAUUCAACUCACUGCGAACAAAAGGAAAAACACGCCCAAUAUCAGUGGUCGAAAUCAUAAUGAUGGUGAAGAGGGAAGCUAAGAGCAUUAAUUUGAACACUUUAACCAAGAUAUUUACCAUGGAUGAGAGAGGUACAGUAUGUGCAUGCUGUUAAGACAUGUUGCUAUCUGUUAAGACAUGUUGCUGUUAAGAGAUUUUCCUUCACUUGCUUGGUACUGAAUUGCUUAUCAACUGCAUCGCUCAUCGCAAAAAUCGUAGUUAUUCUAUAAGUGAAUCUUUCGAUUGAUUAACAAAGAAGGAAAUGUAGAGGUGACAUUUGUAUAAACAUAUAUUUUUUGUUAGGAAAAUCUAUUAACCCACAUGCUGCUGUUCAGUUAGAAGAUGUUGUCCUUGUCCAUGAAUUGAUGUCCAAAAGAUCGAGAAGAACCCCUGUCAUUGCGUAGUGCCCUCUUGCUCCUAAGAAGAAAAUUAUUUCCAUUCUGUUAUGACCCAAGCCCUUGGAUCAAAGGUAAAUCAUACAAAGUUUUACGUUACAGGUCCAUCAAAUAGUAUAUUUCAGCAUGUCCCUGCAUUUGGCAGAUAAUUGAAAAAUUCUGCCGAUAUUCAGUCAAUCUACAUGCUGAAUACAAAUUGUACAAGUCAAAAAUUGAAACAACAAAACAUUUUUUGAAAAAGUAAUGACACUAUAUUUACACAAGAAAAGCCUAGGUGGUCUGUCUCUAAUUUAUAGUUAGGUUUUGUGAUAAAAUACAGUAAAAUACACGCCCUCAUCAGUUUGGAUAUGCCCUAGUCUCGUGUACAGAUUUCACUAUGUACAGCUUCUUCCAGACUUGUUUAAAAAAUGCAACUAAAUAUAUUUAAUACUUAUUGACAUUCAAUUGAUGUUAUUUAACAGGAAGAGAAGAGACAACUGGAUAGGUACUAAAGUCGUUAAUUGCGAUUUAUCUGUACAGAUCACGAUUGCAAGAGUUUAGGGAUAACCCAGAUGAUCCUGCAGAUUUUUAUCAUAAUCUUUAUCAGCCGGAAAAAGAUGUCCGUACAAAUGAAUAUGUUCACCACCGAGAAGACCAUAAUCACCUGUUAAAAAGAGUUAUCUUGUGUCUCCGGGAAGGGCAUAUUCCCAAUUUCGACUUGCAAUCUCUUUGAGAUGCUCUCCACGACCCUAAUACUGGUUUGACAUACGAAUCUCUCACUGGUAAGAAUAAACAAUCUGUGCCGGAUUGUGAGCGUGUCAUUUCUCUUGGGGUGAUAGAGUUUUUAGAAAAGAAUAAGUAUGUCAAUGAAGCAAAAAUCUUGUCAAUUAUCCACAACUGGCACAAAGCUGUAGACGGGCGAGGGUUAAGCGAAGAUCUACGUUCCAAGUACUUGUGUGAAAUGAAAGAUUGGAUCCUUGAUGACUGGAUGCCGUGGGACAAGACAGAAAGGAACUAUUCUCUAAUUGAUGUUAAUAGGUAAAUAUUGGCAAGAGACUUUUCUUCGCAAGUAAUAUUUCAAAUUGCGGUAAUUUGUGGUGGCCUUCCCUAGUCUUUAUAGUCUUUAUAGAUUGAAAAUAAUAACUGUAAAGGAAUUACAUCAUAUGAACAGAGGGCUCAUAGCCAACGAGAAUAGAUCUUGUAAAUAGUUAAUUUGACAGUGCACAAUUCAGCUUGUUUGUUCAUACUAUCAAAUUCUAAUGUUCUAGGUGUAUUGAAUGGAUGAGGACAUUCUUGUACCAAGAUCAACUCAAAACAUUUGAUUUAUUUGAAGGUACUAAAUAAGUUUUUUGUUUGACUUACAUGAAUAUAGAUCCAUCAAGGGAAUUUGUGGCUUCACACGAGAGCUUAUUGUUGGUCUCAUUGCCAAUUUGGAGAGUCGAGAAAUACGAAGACGAGAAUAUCUUAAGAGAAGUUUACCUCCUGAGCACCCACGAGCGUCCUCUAGUGAUGAUGUCGAAGGAUUUGUUGCACUCCUGCACGAGAUGUUUGGCCUGAUUUUUGACCUCAAACAGUUUUAUCAAGAAUCAACAAAGAUAUUGAAUGAGUUUGGAAAGAGAAUUGAUCCUAACCUGGCAUUCUAUUACUGGACUGGUGUUAAAGAGCGCUACAGAGAUUUUGCCUUGCCCUCAUUCAACUGCCCUACUGGUCUUGGCGUAGUGGAAAGGCUGGAUGGAGUUAAAUUGUCUAGGAGGGGCGACCCUGGUGUCUUUGUAUCCAAUCGAGCUUCGCUUCCACAACGAGGACAACUAACAGCAAGGGCUCAUUUCCACAAAACUCCUGUAGCCUUACCACCUUCCCAGGUGUGA